CCUAAUGGCGGAGUGGGCGGGGCCCGAUUGUUGCGUCCUUUGCCCAGUGGCUGAAGGUUCCGAGCGCGGCCUCCUCCUCCUUCCUUCCUCUCGGGCUCCGGCCCCGCUCUCUGCCGCGCUCCCGCCUUCCCUCCCUCCCUUCCUGCCCCUUUAUCACCUCCGGACCCGGAGAUGCUGCCCAACACGGGGAAGUUGGCAGGAUGCACCCUCUUUAUCACGGGUGCCAGCCGUGGUAUUGGAAAAGCGAUUGCCUUGAAAGCGGCAAAGGAUGGGGCUAAUAUUGUGAUAGCUGCAAAGACAGGAGUGCCACAUCACACACUCCCAGGGACCAUCUACACUGCUGCAGAAGAAAUUGAAGCAGCUGGAGGGAAAGCUUUACCCUGUAUUGUUAACGUGAGGGAAGAAGAUCAGAUUAUUGAUGCAGUCGACCAGGCUGUCCAGAAGUUCGGAGGGAUAGAUGUUCUUGUGAACAACGCAAGUGCUAUCUCUCUGACUGGCACGCUAGAAACGCCUACAAAGAAAGUGGACCUUAUGAUGAGUGCCAACACCAGAGGAACUUACCUCACAUCAAAAAUCUGCCUUCCAUAUUUGAGAAAGAGUAAGAUCGGUCAUAUCCUUAACAUCAGCCCUCCAAUAAAUUUAAACCCACUGUGGUUCAAAAAUCACUGUGCUUAUACCAUUUCUAAAUAUGGGAUGUCGAUGUGUGUGCUGGGAUUAUCAGAAGAAUUUAAAGGUGAAGUGGCAGUUAACGCAUUAUGGCCUCAAACAGCUAUCUAUACCUCUGCAAUGGAUAUGUUGGGAGGCGCUGGCGUAGAAAAACAAUGUAGGAAAACGGAUAUUCUGGCAGAUGCUGCAUAUUGUAUUUUAACAAAGCCCAAAAGUUUCACUGGGAAUUUUGUUAUUGAUGAAAAUUUGUUGAGAGAAGAAGGAAUCAAGGAUUUUGAUGCAUACGCGGUGGCCCCAGGACACCCACUGCUACCGGAUUUCUUCUUGGAUGUAGACCCGGAUACCCUAGCGAUGAAAAUGGAAGCGCAAGGAGCUUCUCCAGCAUUCAAGGAUGGAAAAAAACAAGAUUUAAUGAAGCAUGAAGGUCCUAAGUCUGAAAGUCAUGACAAAGUUAAGCAUCAUGUGCAUUUUGCUGCAGAAAACGCAGCCGGUCCUGUAGCCGAAACAUUUAAGAUUAUCAAAGGGGCAAUUAGCGAUGACGUUGUCAAAUCAACCCAAGGAGUUUAUCGGUUUGAAUUGUCGGGUGAAGAAGCAGGAACGUGGUAUAUUGAUCUUAAAAACAAAGGUGGUAGUGCGGGAAGUGGAGAACCACCCGGAAAAGUGGACGUGAUCAUGAACAUGUCUAGCAGUGACUUUGUAAAAAUGUUUUCAGGGAAACUGAAGCCAACGAUGGCUUUCAUGUCCGGAAAGCUGACAAUCAAGGGUGACAUGGCCUUAGCAAUCAAGUUGGAAAAAUUGAUGGGCCAGUUUAAUUCCAAAUUGUGAAGUUAAAAUGGGGGUGGUUUGUGUGCCACAUUCAGCAUUCAAUAAAUAUGCUGUGCUUUGCCGUUAAAAAUGCCAGUGCUUGCUUUUAAACGUAUGAUUAUGCUUGAGACAUGUAUGUCAGAGAUGUGCCUUUUCUGUGUUUCUAAUUUGACACAGAUUGAAAUUCCUGUUGAUUAAAGUGACAAAUAGAUUUUGGGAAGUUUUUUUAGGAUUGGUAGGCUUUUCUUUUCUUCUUACGAGAACCAAUGCAACGUAAUUUGCACCAAUACAUUAAAUUCAAGGUAAUCAUAUGCCCCAUUUCCAUCCAUUUUCCUUUUUCUAUCUUAUCAGUUAAUUUCUCUUGAAAUUAAUGCACUAGUGAGCACAAAAGAUACAUUGCACUGAUUUGACUAAUUAUAAAUGGUCUAGAAUUUUUUGUCAAAAAAUCAACUGCCUGAGUUUGUCUUUUGUCUCAGAAAUUUGUUUCUUCAUUCCAGUGCUUUGAAAAGCCCAGGCCUGGAGUGAUAAACCUUCCUGCUGCAUAGAAUUAGAAAAACUGAAAUCCUGUUGACAUCAGUUCAGUGCUCCAGGGUUUGCCAGCAAAUGAAUUGCCUCGAAGGCACUUCGGUGAUUUUGGUCCUAUUAUUGAUGCUUUGAAAGCAUAGGUGCCUUUUCAGGUUGGAUAUUUCCCCCUUCCCUUACCUUCUGUGCAGGUUUACAAUUACAGAUCCAUUUAUUUCCUUAAGAAAAUGUAACUCUCUGGAGUCAGGUUCCUGGCCUCGGGCAUGAAGAAACAAAACCACAGGCAUUUGCCUGAGUCUCCAGGUGCUUGUAAGAUUGUCUCAGAUAAUAAAGAGUGUUUUAGAAUGAGAUCUUUUUAAGGUGAAAUUGCUGCUGUGAAAACUCAGUUCUUGCCAAGUUGUCCCUACAAAAGCGAUUGAAAUAAAAUGUGUUUUUUCUGUAUAA